AUUAUUAUAUGCAUAAGUAAAGCAAUAAAUUUGCAGAAAAUCGAAACGUUCGAACGUCCUAUCCCUUGCUCGUCACGUGUUGAAUGGAUUGAGAAUACCUUUCUACUUACACUAAUUUUUAUCGCUAUAAUCGUUUACUGAUGUAGCUCGAUACAUGAUAAACUCGUUCACAGAGUGCUUGAUAAAAGUCAAACUUCGUCAAUAACAAAUUAAUCUGAUUAUCUUUGUGGAGGAGCUAUUACUUGACCGUCUCGAUCGAGAGAUAUGAAUUCUGAACUUUUACUUGUGAGAUCAUCGAAAAUAUGCGUGUUAUGAGAUUGAUAAAUAAUUUCUAUAUAGAUAAUUUCAUAUUGACGAGAGAGCAAAGUAGCGAAUCUGAAAAACAUCAAGAACUUUCGAGAGAGUCUAAAAAUCGAUGAAGAUAAUAUAUGUGAAAUCACAGAUAGAAGGAACUUAUUUUUCGCCAGUGAUUAUACCAAUAGGAAGAACAAUAAUCUUUAAAUUGACCAUUAACUGGCAGUGUAAUUAACAUUUAUUAUUCCUCACAACGUUUCGGCCACAGUCCUGGCCCUUAUCAAGUGUACAGAAAUAAAUCAAUUUACAUACUUAACAAAUAUACGCAAUUUCUGUCAGACAUUAGUGACAGUUAGAUCUAUAAAGGCACACAUCAGCAGCGGUGUACGGUGUUAGCAUUCGAUUUUCCACCGCUGCUGGCGUGUGCCUUUAUAGAUCUAACUGUCACUAAUGUCUGACAGGAGCUGCGUAUAUUUAUUAAGUAUGUAAAUUGGUUUAUUUCUGUACGCUUGAUAAGGGCCAGGAAACGUUGUGAAGAAUAACAAAUGUGUUACACUGCCAGUUAAUGAUCAAUUUAAAGAUUGUGGUUCUUCUUAUAUUUGAAAUCCUUGAUUUCAAGAUUCUCUCUAAACACUUUUUGCAACGGCAAAUAACCAGUAUGAAACAGUCUUGUUUUCCCAAGCAUGCUCCUUUUCUCUAUGAAUUUGUGUAAUACUGAUUGUGAGAAGCAAACCUUUCUUAAUUGUUUUAUGCUUAUCUCAGUGACAAAAGAAAAGAAGAUAAAGGGACAGAUUCCUGGCUCUUGCGGGAUGGUGUGCUGCACAGAACAUCCGUGUUUGACUGUAUGAAUCGCGUAAAAAAUUCCAUGCAUAAAGUGCUAAUACAUAAUAUCUGAGGUCAUCAUAUGAUACCAGAUAACUAAACGACAGACUAAAGAUUGAUAAGCGAGAUUGAUAAAUCUGUUAUGUGAUGUUCCAUAAACCUGGAUUAAUAUUACAGAAAAAUAUUUGUCUCUCAUUUUGAAGAUAAUGCGAGAUUAAUCGCCGUGAUUUUAAUCUUGGAGAGCUUUCUAUUAUAUUUGCGAGGAAGAAAAAAGAAAAAGAUGAUAUUUGUAUUUGACAUCUAAAUUGUCAUUAUGUACUGCUAAAUACUGCUAAGUCACAAAUUUGUAUAAUGGCAGAUUAAUAGAGAAUAGGAAUUUGAGGGCAACAAUUUCAGGAGUAAUUGCAUAAUUACAUGGAAAACAUCAUCUUUUGCAUUAUAAUGAAUUCUUUUCGCCAUGACACAAUCGGUUUAACAAACUUUCGAGCAUUAUCUUCACUCGCCUUAUCGGUAUAUUGCAGAAACUUGUGCUGAAGAAUCAUGAUGCUGGUACCACAAUUCCGCGAGCGUUAAGUGCGACAGAUGCACAAGAAAAAUUCAACAGAAAAAUUGGAAAAAUUUUCUGACUCAGAAUUUUGCUACAAUUUGUUCCGUCUUGUGGAAAUGUAAUAAUCAAAAUCAGAUUAACGUUAUCUAAUAUAAUGACGAAGAUAAUGAAGUGAGCGUCAGAGCGUUAACUGUGUGUGAGUAAUCGUUCGCUCAAGUCUACGUGUGGGCGUGUGUUGUGUCAGGUUGGUCGCUUGCGUUUCUAUAUAAUGCUCGGAGUUGGGAAAGUGGGAUCACUGAGAAUCGUCGGCUGUCAGAAUCACAGUAUCACACGCCAUUCCGACACGAUCGCCGAAAGGAUGAAGUCCUACAUGUUUGUGUUUGUCAUCUUCGCAACCGUCCUUCUCUACACUACUGGAUAUGCACGAGAAAUAUGUGCUCCAGAGAAUUGCCUUACUCUUGACAUGUGUGACGAACCAGUAAAAGGAGAGACUUUCUGCCAGCAACAGGGUACUUCGUGCUGUAGCAUAGUCAAAUCGGAAUUCAGGACUCAUUGCCGUCACCAUAGUGGAGUGUGCAUGGAUAACUGUGCCUCGGCUCUGCAACGUAACGCCGUCGACUGCGAAAACAAUCAAGUUUGCUGCGUUCUGGUUUAAAAAUAGCUGAGUCAAGCUUAGCGACUGGCCAAAGUAUAAUCUCAUCCUGAUUAUAACAUAAAUCUCAGGAUUGUUUUAGUUUAGUGUUUUUAAUUCUCUCGAUGAAUAAUACGACGAAAAAUUUAUUUAACGUACAAUAGAAAUGUCACAAUAACACGAAAUUGCUAAUAUUCUCUAUAUACACAACAUUACAGACAUUGCUUCCAGGGAUUAUUUAUUUUAAAAAUUUCGUAAAUUCCAAGGAGAAUUAAAAGAAAGAAGAACUAAAAGUAAUAAGCCGAUGCUAUGUAUCGAUUUAAAAAGAUUUAUUAAGACUACAUUUGAAUUGUCUUCGAAAUAAGCGAUUUUCAUAUUCAGUAUAUUCAAUAUAUUGGAUAAUGUAAUAUAAGAAAUUGCACGAUAAUGUUUUUGUAAAUAUUGUUGUUGACUUUAUUAUAUACGUCAAAAUUUUUCAAUAAAAUUCUCUUGUAAUUAUAAUUAUUGUAUCUAUUGCAAUUUUCCUAAACCUACGUCCAAUCUUUGACCAAGACAUUAUGGUCUUCAUACGAUAUCGGCCGGUUUAUCGAUAAUGAUAUUAAGUAAUCAAAAAUUAAUGUUACGCCGAGAAGAGUCACUCGGAAACAAGAUUCGAUUAACAAACAAUAUUAGAUCUUGAAUUAAGAAGAACAAUAUCGAUGGUUACUUACCGAAAAGUACCGCAAAUACGUUCAUGGACUUCAGUCACACAAUCAGUUUCGAUUAAGUUGAUUAAUUUUAUCUCGAUAUACUCGGUACGAAUCAAACAAGAGCAUAAUCGAAGAUGACCAGAAUCGCUUUCGACAUGCACAAGCGAUGAUAAUUUUAAAGAGAAAUCAAGAAGGGAAAAGGCGAAGAAAA